GAUCCUGCUGGAACAGUUCUCCUCUGGCACUGGGAGCAUCGACACUGACUCGGUGGAAGUUCUUUACAACUGGACUUUUGAGAAAUUUUGCUCCCGCUUGCAGAUUAUGCAAGAAGUGUGGCAGGCCCACAGCCAAGACCCAGAGAACUUUGAUCUGGACGAAUUCAACCAUCCUUGGUCAGAGCAAGGUCCUAGUGAGCUCGCGGAAUUGCGGCAACGGUACGACAGCCUGCGUGACAGCAUCGUAUCAGCUGGGACUCCCUUGCGAUCGGUGCAACACAUGCAACACAUGUCACCAAACCAAACGGGGACCCUCACGCCCUUUGGCAUGCACGUGAGGAGGUCCAAUGACAGGUUGGAAGAAGAGAACCAGCGGCUACGUCAGCAGGUGAGUGAGUUGAGCAGUGCCCUGCAUUCGCGCAGUGGGUUUCGAUCCCCUUCCAGCAUGGCUGGCCCCAAUGACACUGCCAUGGCUGGUGGCCCUGGGGGUCUUCCAUUGAGCAACAGCACAACUGAAGUGCCAAGCUCAUUGAAAGGAAUCCUGGACUUGUCAAAGACCAAUUUGCUCUUGGUGCUUGACUUGUUUGAUACACUCUCCCGGCUCAGCAGUGGCAUGCUGAAUGCCUCAGCUGCCUGCCUGGGGACCACACCAGACGAUAGUCCUGCACUGAGCGAGGCCAGAAAGCGACUGGCUGAGGCAUCCUCAGACUUGGCAGCCUUUUUUGCUGAAACUUCGCCAAAUUUGGGCCCUGUCGGCUUGGAAUCUCUGAAGAGCGUGGUUGCAGGUCCCAGUGCUCCAGUUCCAGCGCGACCGAUGGCCCCCAUCACCAUGCCAUAUCCGGUGAAUCCGGUGUCGUCUCCGGUGGCUUUCAGCCCCAGAGUUUUAAACCCAUCAUUUCCGGUGACUGCAGUGCCAGGCACAAGCGCACCUGGCGCACCUCACAUGGUCACCAUGCCUGGGGUCGUUCCUUUGCCACUGGGCCAUGUGGCCCCCCUAGGCCCCCCUGGUCCUGCCAUGGUGGCCGGCUCGCCGGCCAGAAACGGCGGGCUGGUGGCGCAGACCACGCCCAAGGUGGAGGGCCGCGCUCCACCGAUCAAGUUUCACUCCAACAAAUGAUUGAUUCAAUCCAAAGUUUGCAGGGAGAAA